AUGGCUCCUCCUCACACGGCAGCAACACGGGCCGGACGACAAGCAGAGUCUAGCAGCGCUACGCAACACGCCGCGCCUCCUGGGCAGGCAACCGCCCCGCACCUCCCCGCCCUUCUCCGUCCCUCCGCCUCUGUCCUCGCCGCCGCCGCCGCCGCGCCAGGUGAUGAUGAUGCUCUGGCAGACGGCGCGGCUGCUCGCUCUCCUUCACGCGCAGUAAGAACUCGGGGUGCACAACGGCUGUCGCCGGGCAAAGAUGCACCCUCGGGGGAGCAGCCGAGCUUUCUACCGCCCGCUUCUCUUCCAGUAUCGGAGGAGCUUCGCAGCACCCCAGACCGGCUUCUCUGCACACACAAAAAGAUCCAUAAAAGCCUCGCGCCUCCCUGGAAGUGCCGCUGCCGCCGUUUUGCUUCAGACCGUAAGCCCAAAAGUCCUGGCUGUGUACUCCGGCAGACGUCACAAACCUCGCCUCGUUACCUCACGGGGCUCCGUUCGCGGGUCACUGGAAAAGAGAAGCCGGUGAUCCUGGCCUGGCCGGCACGCGGCGCCCCUUUAUCCCUCUCGUAUAAGGGCCAAGCGCGCCAGGGAUGCCCGCCUUCGCUUUGGCGCCCCCCGUUUUCACCCAAACACCCGUCCCCGAGCAAAGCCGGCCCGCCGCAAAGCUCCCCUUGGCCACGCUACACAGUGACAAGCGAAGCCGCCGCACGCAAGAAGCCCAAGCCAAGCAGCAAAACUACAGGUUCACUGCAACAAAAGACUUGGAUGGUUGGCAGAAAGGAUGAGUUUACAGAUGUGCACACAUAGUCCAGUUUCUUUAGUGGAUGUGUAGUACACCAUACUUUCAGUCUGAAAAAUCUUGCAAGUUGUUUUUGCAGUGUACUGGAUCACCAUUACAGUCACAGAAUUGGCUGCCAGCUACAUGAACUGUAGCCAUCUACAGCCCACUUCUUACAGAAAAUUUUCUUUGUAAUUCUACACCCAAGGAUGGAUUACAUGGAAAGAAAGGUGUCCAGUUGUACGUCUGAACUGGUGCUAAACCACGCUGAAACCAUUUAAACUUUCUUAAAUGUAAGGUUGCAGUCUUACAGGACCAAAUUCAGAGUAUUCCUACUGAAAUUAAAGAAAUAUAUAAGUAUGCAUUGGCAGGAUCAAGCUGCAUAUUGUUAAUUUCAAUACUUAAUGUUUCAUAGAUCAUUCUAUGUACCAUAUACACAAAACAUGGAAAGACUUCAUGGCACCUUUUCUUUUGCCAGUCUGUUUGCUUAUCCUUGUACAAACAUGGAUUUGGGAGACUAGUUUUUAACCUCAAAUUUGGCCCAUGUGUUUAUAUGGUUAAUCGAUCAAAGCAAGUGAAAAUAGCCCCUAAAGCAUGUUUGGCUAACAAGUAUGUAAAUACAAUAUACUGUAUUAAUUAAAAACUUCAAAAAUUCA